UGAGCCUGCCGGUCUCCCCGCGGAAUUUGAGGGCAAAAGGCAACAGCGGCUGUAAAAUUAUAUACAGGCAAAACUGCGGACACCUAAGGUGACGCAAUCUCCGCGCGAGGUAGGGAGGGGCUCCGCGAGGACCCCAGCCGGAAGCUAUCACCUGGGAAGCGGAAGCCGUCGGGAGAGAAGUGGAGGCUGACGGUGACGGGUUUUCAGACAAGACUGAGGACCUGAAGGGGAAGGUGACCUCCCAAAAGUCACAGAGUAAUUGGUAGAGUUGGACAAGAACCUAAGCCUGUAACUGAAGAGACCAGAGGUCUUUCUGUUAUACUUGUUGGGAAGCAGACGAUCUUUGCAAAUUAUCUUGUAGAAAAAAUGCCCAAAGUGAAAAGGAGCCGGAAAGCUCCCCCAGAUGGUUGGGAGUUGAUCGAACCAACACUGGAUGAAUUGGAUCAAAAGAUGAGAGAAGCUGAAACAGAACCUCAUGAGGGAAAGAGGAAAGUGGAAUCUCUGUGGCCUAUCUUCAGGAUCCACCACCAAAAAACCCGGUAUAUUUUUGACCUCUUUUACAAGAGGAAAGCCAUAAGCAGAGAACUAUAUGAAUACUGUAUUAAAGAAGGCUAUGCAGAUAAAAAUCUGAUAGCAAAGUGGAAAAAGCAGGGCUAUGAGAACUUAUGCUGCCUGCGCUGCAUUCAGACACGGGACACCAAUUUUGGAACAAACUGCAUUUGCCGGGUCCCCAAAAGCAAGCUGGAAGUGGUAACGUCUCUACCCCUGUCAUGUCUGAUGAUUGAGUUUGAGGUCACUUUUUCAGUUCGGAAGUCCGCCCUAGUUGACCGCAAGGGAUCGAACAUGAUUUUGCUGACUGUCCUGCUGGCCAUGCUCCAGGGAGUGAGUCCCUCUCCUGAGCAGUCCAUGCUGGGCAGUGUGGCAACAGUCGUGUGUUAGGUCUGGGGGCCAACUCAGCUGCACCCUUGGGCAAGUUAUUGAAUUCCUUCCCCACAUAGGAAGUGGGGGUGAGAACACCCACCCCCAAGGUGGUGGGGAGGGCUGAGUCAGGGGAGCAUGCUCACCCCAGGUACCCUUUUCUCCAGGCCUUCUCCUCAGAUGUGUUCCGUUGUAUUUCUUCUGUCAGAACUUUGUUCUAAAACUCACUGGGCAGCUCAGGAACAGUGCUGCACAUGCAGUUGCUGAGCUGACAGCGUCAG